CGUCACUGGCUGAUCUCACGAGCAGAUGCGUGUACAGUGAUGCAAGUUACUGUUGCUUCAGUGUUUCGGCAGCGAGGAGUGGUCAGAGUGUAGGCUCGGAGGUUGCUGGGUGUUAGUCUCACGUUGGUGCACGCGGUAGCCGAAGAAAGUUUCGACAAGGCAGCAGCACCGUGCCAUGUGGGCGCGUAGGUAACGUUAGCGGCAAACAGUGACCGUGAUUGGAGGUUGUGACAAAGAUACUCCCCUCAAGUGAGCCUUAAAUCUGAGUGGCCGGUGUGUGUCACUGUCAGCCAGCCAGCAGCAGCUUGAACUCAGCAAAUAGGCUCUCAGUGAGUCUCCCUAGGGGUGAAGCGCUUUGAUGUCGUGAUCAGCCCCAGAGACCGUGCUUCCAACAGUCCUCACUCUCCCAGCCCCACCCCCCACAUCCACUGUUAUCAUGGGAGAGGUAAUCCAAAUGCACUUCACCACGGUGGACUAUGUCAUCUUUGCCUUGCUGUUGGUGGCCUCAGCUGGCAUCGGCCUCUUCUACGCCUUCUCUGGUGGGCGCCAACGCACAACACAGGAGUUUCUGAUGGCUGACCGCUCCAUGAGCUGCCUGCCAGUGUCUCUGUCCCUGCUGGCCACUUUCCAGUCCGCUGUGGCCAUCCUGGGUGCUCCUUCCGAGGUGUACACCUUCGGGACUCAGUACUGGUUCCUGGGCUGCUCCUACUUUUUGGGCCUGCUCAUCCCAGCUCAUGUUUUCAUACCAGUCUUCUACCGACUGCGCCUCUCCAGCGCCUAUGAGUAUCUGGAGCUGCGCUUUAACAAGACGGUUCGCAUAUGUGGGACUGUGACCUUCAUCUUUCAGAUGGUCAUUUACAUGGGGGUGGUCCUGUAUGCCCCAGCCUUGGCACUCAAUGCAGUGACAGGUUUUGACCUGUGGGGGGCAGUGCUGGCCAUGGGGUUGGUGUGUACUCUAUAUACUGCUCUGGGGGGUCUGAAGGCGGUGAUCUGGACCGAUGUAUUCCAGACGGUGGUGAUGUUUGCAGGUCAGCUGGCGGUCAUCGUGGUGGGGGCCAAUCAGGCAGGGGGCAUAGCAGAGGUGUGGAGGAAAGCAGUCAAUGGCAGCCGCAUUGCUGGACUAGACCUGAACCCCGACCCUCUGGAGCGCCACACCUUCUGGACGCUGGGUGUAGGAGGAGUCUUCCUGAUGUUGGCACUGUACGGCGUCAACCAGGCCCAGGUCCAAAGAUACCUCAGCUCUCGUUCGGAGAAAGAGGCCGUCAUGUCCUGCUAUGUAGUUUUUCCGUGCCAGCAGAUCGUCUUGUGUUUAGGUUGUAUGAUGGGUCUGGUGAUGUUUGCUCGCUAUGGAGAGGACAGCCCUCUGGACAAGGGCUACGUCAAAACUAAUGACCAGAUGGUGCUGUACUUUGUGAUGGACGUGUUCAAGGAUCUGCCCGGGCUGGCAGGACUGUUUGUGGCCUGUCUCUUCAGUGGAGCUCUCAGCACCAUCUCAUCAGCCUUUAACUCCCUAGCAACAGUAACCAUGGAGGACCUGAUUAAACCUCAUUUUCCAAACAUGACAGAAGCUAAAGCCACGCUGCUGUCCAAGGGACUCGCUUUGGUCUACGGCCUGGUGUGUCUGGCUAUGGCCUACCUCGCCUCUAUAAUGGGAUCUGUGCUGCAGGCAGCCUUCAGCAUCUUUGGGAUGGUGGGUGGUCCUCUGCUGGGCCUCUUCUGUCUGGGAAUGUUCUUUCCCUGGGCAAACCCUACUGGUGCAGUAGUUGGGUUAGUCGCAGGCCUCGCCAUGGCCUUCUGGAUUGGCAUUGGCAACUUCGUAAUGCGUAUGUCUGCUGCCAGCACAGUGCCCCCACUCAACACCACUACCCUGCCCCUGUUUGACAACAUGACCACCACUGUCAUGACUACACUGGUCGGCGCCACCACAGCCAAGCCAAGGCCGACAGGUGUGGAGGCGCUCUACUCGUUGUCCUACAUGUGGUACAGUGCUCACAACUCCACCACUGUGGUGGUGGUUGGACUGAUAGUCAGUCUGCUGACAGGACCUAUGAAAGAGAAGGAGCUGACCCCUGGCACAGUGUAUCCGGUCCUGGGAACACUGCUUUUCUUCCUGCCUGAGCGCUACAGGGAGAAGCUCUGCUGUGUCACUCCACUGGCUCAGAAGCCCAAAGAAAUCCUCGCACAGCCUUAUCUGAUGGCCAAGAAAGACAGCAACGGAACAGCUUACUGCAAAGAGGAUACAGUCACAGAGGACAAAGAGGCAGAGAGUGACAGAGCAGAAACAGAGGAGGAAGACUUAGAAACAAGGAUUGCUCUGCCAUCAUGUCAACUGACGGCUCACACGGUUCAGGAGACAGCCUUGUGAUCCUUUUGUCUUCUACUUAUAGCAUAUACCCACUUUCACCCCCAGCUACUGCACUGUCCAGUUGUCUGGGGGGAAGCGCAGAAAAAGACAGAUCAUAGAUGUGAAGUCCAUCAGUAAGUAGACGUCCUGAGGGUCUGCAGCACCAGGUUUGGGUGUUCAUGUUUUACAAUGUCAUAAUCAGUUGAAUCUGGUUAUGAACUUAAGAGGGUUCAUGGGUACUUGCUCACACAUUUUUCUCAAAAAAAAAUAAAUAAAUAAAAAUAAAAAUAAAUAAAUAAAACCCGACUAGAGAUCGAUUUCUGCCAGGCUGGAACUGUGCACUGAAAGCCCAAAUGGCGGCAGUUAAAGAAGAAAUAAGUCAGUUGAUCCUUCAUAGCAACACUCUCUGUCCAGAUGUGUGCAGUUUUAAGUUAAUGGAGUGAGUAGCUCUCAUGCACAAUGAGCUGCUCCACUGUGACUGGAUCCCGUCACUCUAUUUGACAAAAGAAUCAGGUAGUUAAUAGAUGCAAGAUGUAAAUGAUGUAAACAAGAUGUGAUAUUUUUGUAGAGAAGAUGGAGCCAUACAGUCCCAGAAUAUGUACGAGAGAAUAUAAUAUAAAAAGAAAAGAGACAGAACUUGAACGGAAGGCAUGACAGUACUGUGAUCGUGUAGUGUCUUUACAUGGCCUUGGUUUAACACUAAUAGUCGCCUACCAGCUGCUAAUAUAGAUGUUUAAAUAAUGAGUCCACAAAUGGCAACGCUGUGUGUUCAGGUGAGCAAAGAUGGCGUCUUGUGGUGGCAGUUAAAAUAGAUGGAGCACAAUAAAUCUGGUUUCUACCAACAGUGCAUGAGGAUAAUGUAAUCCAGUCAGUGUGCAGAGCUGCUCUGUCCGAUUGCAGAGCUGCUUACUCCCCAUGCAGAGUUGCUCUCUCCCCAUACUCAUUGUGGUUGUUCCCACAAAGGAGAUUAAUAUUAUCCACUGUUUGUCAUUCUUUGAGGACUUUUGUACAAGCCUAGAGCAACAAAUCCCUCACGAGUUGCCAUCAUUCACUCAUUCACUACCUCCUAUAUAACACACACUCAUUAGUUAACAUCACAUAUUACAUAUACAUACACAUGCACAGGGAACACAUUGGACACAGACUGUGUUCUGUUCUCUCCUCUUACAGCUUCUGGAGAAGUUGGUGGCAUGAUUGGUCGAGUCAGACAUAAGAUGUCUUGCCUAAAGAAUAAGUUUGCUUUUUUUGUCUUGUAGCUCUUAAUACAAUACUCGCAUGUCAUUAUGGUAUCAGUUAGCACUUGGCAGCAACGAAUAGGAAUGAUUGCAGCAACCAGUAACUCUUCUACUACACGUCAUGUGACUAUUGUAUCAAGAUAUUCAAUCUUUAAAAAGACAUGACAGGAGGAGUAGAAUGAAUCUGGUUGUGUGUGUUGUGUGUUUAAGCAGUUAGUGUAAUUGACGCUACACUAGAGACCAAUAUGCUGGCCGUAAAUCAAUCAGGAAAGCUAUACCCUUUGGGGAAUACACAAAGUAUUUUUAAUAUAAAAUCGCACACUGUCAAAACUCAUGUUUUUGAUGUACACAGUUUGUGUACUUUUCUGUUGUGUUCAGUCACAGUGAACAUAUCCUUAACACUGUCAGGAUAUGUUGUUCACAGGAAGCCCCAUGAAGCUCUGAAGUGCCUCAUUGACUGAAUGUUCUCUGAAGAGCUGGGAUUAACAUGGGGCGCUCUGUAAGGUCUUGUUUUCAUUAGCUUUAUAUGUUUUACAGCACAAGUGGCUAUUAUACGUGUUUAUCCCUGCUCCCAUCUGACUGCCAGCACUGCUCCAAACCACAGAGACGCCAUCUUGGACCUUUGAGGUGGACCUACUUUAUUUCCAUUAGGCAGUAACUUGAUAUAUUUAAAGGUAACUACGAGUCAGUCAUCUCUGGUAUUUUUGUAUUUUCAACAUCAUUGUAAGUGCCCGUCUUUUUAUUUAAUUCAGGUUGUUGUCAGUGCCAGUAUGUGAUUGAUUUGCCUGAUAUUGUGUAGUUGAAUAUUAUCACCAUUGUCAUGUUUUUUGGAAUCACAGAAUUCUUGAGCAUCACCAUUUUAGCAUUUGAAGUCCUCCUCCAUUGUCAUUGUGUAAGAGGAGAGGUGUUGUGUGUGUUUAUGGUGUUUUGAGUUGGUAGUUUGUGCUCUUAACAAUGGACUGCAUGGUCAUGUGACUUACUGUUUAUUCAGCAUUGUUAAGUUUGUAACAGCCAAACCGCUCUGACAUGUUUCCAAAGAGUUUCUACAGUUUAUGGAGAGUCUACGUGAAGUACAUGAAUACAACCGACAUCUCAUUUAAACAGUCGGUCAGUAACGUCGCUCUAUCAGCGCGUGCUGUCUCAGUUGCCUUACAUUUUACCGUUUAAAUGAGUUUGCCGGAGUUGUAUUGGAAGUACAUGCCAGACAAUCAAGGUGACCCAGUUUAGCAUCAGGAAAGAAGCAGCUUAGCAUGUCUCAUUUAUUUGGAAAGGAUUAUGGACUCUCCAAACCACUAGAUCCCCUGUUUGUUGGAAUGUUGAGCCCUAAAGCACCAAUCCCUUACACGAGCAACAUGUUUGUACCAUCAGAGAUACCUCGAUUUAUCCAAAGCAUAUAGAACAUGAAUUUCUUUCUUUUUUAUUUUAUUGUUACCAACAGAAUAUAUAUUUGAGAUCAUUUGUAUAUUUUUGUAAAUUCACGUAAAGCCACAUUUCAUGAGUUGAAAUGUGGAAUUCUAUAUGCAAGAACCAUGAAAUGUGUCCUUUUUUUUUAAUGAAUGUCAGGCAGGACUGGGAAUGUAGCAGUCCACUGAGAUGUGAUAGCAUUUAGCGUAACACUAGCAUCCCUUGCCUUAGAAAACAUUUCACACAGGGAAUGUUUUUAAGUGCUACAUCCCAUAUGCUGGCCUCCACAGUCACAAUUCAAGACAUUUUAAUGGUUCAGAGUUUUUGAACUACUUUUAAAUGACGUGACAAUGUGUACUUUAUUUAUGAUUGCGUAGUAUUGAAUCCUUUUCCUUCAUACCUGAAAUUACUUGAAGUGUGUGCCUGUAAUUUUACCUUAAUGAUACACAGAUACAACCCCUUUAUAAUGCCAGGAAACAUAAUUCAAGUGCUGACAUACUAUUGAUAUUAUUGCUGUUAAAGAUGUCCUUUAUCAACCCAGACUGGAUGGAGCACUGUGAUACUGAUGAACACUAUGACACCUAAUAAAGCAUAAUGAUGUCAGGA